GUGGCGUCCUGCCGCAUCCGGGAGUGGGGAUCUGCCGGAGCGUGUUCCGUGCCUGGAGUGGCGCUUGCGGUGCGGCCAUGGCGGACUCCACGCAGAACGGGCCCAUGCCAGGCGGGGCCGGCGGCGGGGCCGUGCAAUUUCUGAUGGCUAACAAGUUGGAUACAGCAAUGUGGAUUUCCCGCUUGUUCACAGUUUACUGCUCAGCUUUAUUUGUCCUGCCUCUUCUAGGGUUGCACGAAGCAGCAAGCUUUUACCAGCGUGCCUUGCUGGCAAAUGCUCUUACCAGUGCCCUCCGACUACACCAAAGGCUACCGCACUUCCAGCUUAGCAGGGCAUUUCUGGCUCAGGCUUUGCUGGAGGACAGCUGCCAUUACCUGUUGUACUCCCUUAUCUUUGUGAAUUCCUACCCUGUUACAAUGAGUAUUUUUCCAGUUCUGCUGUUCUCUUUGCUUCAUGCUGCCACAUACACAAAGAAGGUUCUUGAUGCACGAAGUUCAAAUAGUUUGCCUUUUUUGAGAAAUCUCUUAGAGAAACUGAAUGCUAAUCAACAGAAUAUUCUAAAAUUCAUUGCUUGCAAUGAAAUUUUCCUGAUGCCAGCUACAGUUUUUAUGCUCUUCAGUGGACAAGGGAGUCUGCUGCAGCCAUUCAUUUACUAUAGGUUUCUUACAUUACGCUACUCUUCUCGGCGAAAUCCGUACUGUCGGACUCUCUUCACUGAGCUCAGGAUUGUUGUUGAACACUUAAUAACGAAGCCCUCGUGCCCUGUUUUUGUAAGAAGACUAUGCCUCAGUGGCAUUUCCUUUAUAAGCAGAUUGGCACCAACUGUUGCAUAGCCAAAUUCAGGCACUCGUGUUUUGUGAACAUUAUGAGCAGCUGGCACUUCUGCUGAUGAUUGGAAAUUCCUGGUUUUACACUGAUUUCACUCCAGGCUGUAUAAAAAUACAUAAAUGCUUUUCUUGGAGAUAAUGUGAAAUUUAGCAUAUCAAAAACAAAUAAUAGAAACUUAAAUUAACUGUGCUGUAUUGUUAAUUGAUGAAAAAAGUAGCUGCAUCCUAUCUAAAACAUGCCCUAUCAUACAAGUUUGUUGUUUUGUUUUGUUUUUCUAAAUCAAUGAUUGUUUGAGAUUGAUUGAAAGUUAUUAUAAGAGAUCUGUGCUCUCUAGGUUUAUGUUAGUUGGAAUUCUAGCUACUUUAGGAUGUCUCCAGUGGAUAGCAGUUGAUACAUAUACCUAUGCAGUACACUUUGGACAGUAUUCUUCUGCUUACUAAAUGUAUUUGUAGAACUAUUUUGUCCAAUUUGCUAUACUCAGUGUGGAAAUACGGCUCACUUUGAAGUUAACACAAGGGAUUAAAAUCUAUCAAGCUGACAGAGAUAACACUCCUUUCUGAAGGAGAGGCUAUUUUUAUUAAUAAUACUUUAAAAGAACUCUCCCAUGUUUCUACCUUGUGACAUAAUCUUACAUUAUGCUGUUGGAAGAAAUACCAAGACUGAUCACACAAAACUGUGCAGUUUUCUUGUCAUAACAAGUUGUUUUACCAAGCCAAACUGCUGACCUGUAGAUUUAAGACUAAGAGGCAAUACUUAAACUUUUAACAAUGUCUCAAAUGAACUAAUCAAUGUUAAUGAAGUAACUUUUGCAGAGUCAUUGCAGAUUUGUUCUCGUGUCCACACAAAUGUGAGACUGCAGUAAUUCAAGCAUGUUAGCUUUUUAGAAAAUUAAUCUGUAGGUAGCUCUGUAUAAAUUGCUAUUUGAGUUUCUGCGACCCUCAUUGUGAUGAGAAAUUUGCAUAAAGAAUUGCACCUGUUUAGGCAGCUUCUGAAACAUAUGGGUGUAGGAUUUCUUGGCAUAAAUCCAUCUGAUGACUGAUCUGAAGCCAGUGUCAUGACUACAAAAGUGAAUAUUAAAUUAAGUGCAUAAAUUAAUUACACUGGUUAUGCAUUCACCCAGCAGCUGAAGGGUCGGUCAUGGAAAAAUAAUACUGUCUGAACACAACUUCUUUCCAGAAAUUCAAGGCAAAAUAUUUGCUGAAUUUUAGUUCAAUUUUAGUAGUUAGUGUUAGUAUUCUAAUUGCAUAAAGUUAAAGGGCUUUCAUUGGCCUUUUGUAAAAUUCUGUAGUACUCAACUAUUCUUCCAUGAUCAGAGAAACCUUAUGAGAAAACAGUUUCAAAGACAGUCUUGAAGCAAAGUAUUUUCCUGUAACUAUUGAGUUAUCUUGUUUGUGAUAUGGAUAUCAUUACGACUUUCCAGUUGUAUUAGUUUUUAGAUCAGAGCCAUGUAUUUAUAAAGUUAUUUCAUUUUUUUUUUGCUCAACCUCUUGGUACUGAUGAAGCAGUUGGUAAUUGAAUAUGAUAUUCUUUGACUACUUGUCUUGCUCUCUGAACGUGAUUAGCUAUUUAUAGAAUACUCACACACUGCAGAAGCAACUGCAUGCAGUUAAUGCUCUACAGCUGCUAAAGACUUGCAAUGAGAUUGAUUAUGUGUAUAUCCUGUAAUUUGAGGAUUUGAUAAAAACUAAAAUUUCUACUGCAAUAAAAGGAGUGUUAAAUGUAACUCGCUAGGCUCUUCAGGCUCAUUUUCUCUCUUUAACACAACUUACUGAUGCUUGAACCUGGAAGUUGAGCAGAAUGCUGUCCUGUGUGUACGUGUGCAUGUUCUUAUAUUCCCACUGCUGCUUCUGAAUUGGAAUAUAAUGUCUUGUGCAUUUCUAAAUUAUUUUUUGCCUUCUAAAGUGCAAAAAUUGAUCACCUUUUCUUCAAAAUCUAGCUCAAGUAUAAGCACUGCAACAAUGGUAUCUAAUCAGAGAAAAAUCCAGACCUACUUACUACUGUUUCAGUUCCUCAGCACGAUUCUAGACCCUCUGCCAUGUUGCAUGAUGUGUUUUUUGAAUGGUGACAUCAGAUUCUCUUCAGCUGUUGGCACCACUGUGAUGUAAAAAUGAAUUUGGUCAUCUAAGUUGAUCCCCCAUACUGGGAGUGGAAGGUAAAUAAAUCUGUAAUUACAGUAAGCAAAAUAACAUGUUACUUCUGAGCAAAUUUUUGUGGUCUGACUGCUGUUAUGGGUGCAUUCUACUGUUCCCUAAUUAUAUGAUGGUACUAAAUUAGAGAGGAGUCUAAACUGGAUCCAGUGUAAUGCAGCUGUAACUGAAGGAUGCUAAGUAGAGAUCCAACUCAAUGCAUGCAGGAGAAGGCUUAAAAAGGAGUAAGUGAAUGACAAUGCUGUGAGUAAAGAGCUGGAAGACAGUGCUGUGAAACAGAACUUAGAUGUGAAACUGCAUUUAUCUCUUUCUACUAAGUCUUGAAAAUGGACGAAGAGAAGUAAAUUCCAUAAAAGGGAUUUGAUUUGGUUUUGCUAGUAGCAUAUUCUUGGCUUUGCUUGACAAAAGAGCAGCUUGUGGCCUGGUAAAACUUAUUUCUCUGAUGUGUCAAGAAAACAUGGAACAAUGUUGUAAGAAUAACGUUCAAGCCAAAUAUAUAGAGCAAUUGACCUGUGCUCUGCAUCAACUUCGAUUUUUACUGUAGCCUUUCAGCUGCCUGAGUGAUAACAUCAACUUUCCUCAAUGCUGGCAAAAACAUUCUAUCCUUGAGCCUGCCUCCUCACCACAUUUUUUGACUGUUUCUAUUCUAAUGAUUAAACUAAAUGUAAAAUGCUGGUAGUAUCCUGAUAGCUUGAGGGGGUUUUUUGGUGAAUAGAGCUGUAUGUUCAUGCUGCUAUGCUGUCAACAGCUAGCUGUGAUGCAGAGGCUGUGACAGAAGUCUGUGAUUGUAGAGAAAUUUUGCAACUGACCAUAAAGUGCCUGCCAAUCCCAAAAUGAAGCAGAAGAGAUUUUGUAUUACUGAAAGGUUUCCUACUUAAUGUGAUAACUGCUUCCACUGGCAUAAAUCAUACCGCUCAUUGCUUUUUGUUGUCUUAGCUUUUGUAAGUUAAGUGCUGUUGCACAGAUUCUGUGGGUAGACCAAACCCUUGCUCUGUACAAGCUUUCUGUAGUAGUGAUGGUCCAGCUUAACAUUUGUCUGUUUUCAUCUGUAGAUAAAGUAUCAGGAGCCAUUGGGUCUGUUGGAAUAGCUAAUGCCAGUUAGGAUUUCUUACACGCAAAGUAACUCACCAAUACAUCCAUCCUCUCCUUUAUUGCAUUUUAUUUGAUUUUAUACAUAUAUUGUCAUUUCUGUGCUGUCAGUUUUAUGUUUUUCCUCCUUUCUUUGAUGGGUGUUUAAGUGGAGCAAUAUCUGUUCAUGUUGUAAGGAUUUAAAUAAAAAUGAAUUAUAAUUAUGAGCCACUAUUUCUUCCAACAGUUUUGGAGCUGCUAACUAUGUAUGUGAUUGUAUUGUCCAAACAAAUAACAUAGCCAGUUAUUUUGUACAGUCUGUGUUAGACCCUUUUAUCAUUAGGUACCUGUAUUGCAACAUUUGCUGUACAGAUGCCAUGUUUAUUAAGGAAGUUCUUACCCAUUUUAAAGACAGGAAUGGAGACAUGGAAGGAAAGAGCACUUACCUGAUGUAAGAGUUCUGGCAGAGCAGGAAAUAGAAAAAAGUUGGACAAGUGCCCAGAUGAAACUCAUUUGUUUCUGCUCGACAUAUAACUUAUUAGUCCUGCUCCUAAAAUUAUUGUAACUGCGGUCUUAAAUACGUUAAAAAGUACUGUACCUUACAUUGCUCAGAUAAAAAGUGCUGUACUUUACAGUGCUCAGAUUAAGGGUAAAGAAGAUAGUGCGCUAAAACAACAUAUUCUUUUAAAGUCAAAACUGAUUUUCACGUGCAAUGCUAGGUAUGCCCCUUGUAUCACCAUCUCUGACAAAAAAUAAUGCAACAGAGUAAGAUCCCAAGCCCUUAACAUGCUAGAUGGUAGUAGGGUACACUAAUCUGUUUUAAUUGUCUAUAAUUUUUAAUUGCUGUGGUACACCUAUUUGUGAUUAAACUAUAUAUAUACUGAAAUUGGUUAGUGUAUCUUUGUAUCAUAACUUCUGUAGUGCUAUAAUUUUUUUAAAGUCACAGGAACAGUCAGGCCUUGCUGUUUUAAAUCACCUUUAAAGGACACAACCUUAAGCAAUUCUUUAUUCCAAAGACGGAAAGAUAUCAGAAUGGAUAGUGUAACAGAAUUUAAUCUUGAAUGUGGAUUCAAAAAUAUUUUUCACAAAAUCUCAGCAUUACUUUUUAAUUUCUCUGCAGAAGCUAGCUCUGUGAUAAUGGCAGAUGUUGUGCAGGUAAGGGAGUUUCAUUGCUUAGUUCUAUGCCAUCCAGAUGGUAUAAACUUUUAAAAUUAAUUGAAAAAUUCAUCUUUUACUUGUAUUCAAGGACUGAGGCACAAAAUGCUAAUGUAAGGGCUCAGAGGGGAAAUAUAGUUCUCCUGCAUAUUUGAGAAAAUGUGAAGCCCUUUCAAGAAAAUCUAAUAAACAUAAUAAUCGCAGGCUGCUGACACUAAGGAAAAAGCACCUCAUUCGCUCUUUCUUUUAUGCAGCGAUUUACCGGUCCCUACUGAUUUUCAAAUUGGAUCACUGCAGUAAAUUAUCCAUACCAGUACCUGUGAAAGAAAGCACUGGGAUCCAUAUUUGUUCAGUGCUGUGCUUAAAUCAGCAAGAAUGAUAAAUUUGAUGGUAUGAAAUUGGAAAUACCAAGGGCUUCUCUCAGUGAAUGAGCAAGUAGUUCCAUUUGUAAUUUAUUGUGACCCUUUUUCACUGUGUGUGCUUUGUAUGUCAAAUAUUUAUUUUGAAACAAAUUAAAUAGUUUUCUGUAUUGAUACCUAUUGUUUUGUUGAUAUUCUUGAAAUCAAAUUCUGUAUUUCUUCUGGAUUUUAAAUAUUACCAGUUUGUGUUGCAAAACAGCACUUAUUUAAGUUCAGAUCUCUGAGUGAGUUUGAGUUACUGACCAACAGCUUUGUGUUAAGUGUUCCAGGUGCAUGUUGGGUGUUGUUUUUUUGUGUAUGUGUUUGGAAUAGUGCAGAAUGCAGUGAGCUACUGCAACACCUCAUUUACUUUUUCUAGAGAAACAGGAAGAUUAGGGUAUAUAUCAAAACAAAAAAGAGCUGAUCCCUGCCUUUAAUUUAUUGUAACUAUUCUGCUUUAUACCUGGCAUAGAUAAUACCAAGUCCUGUGGGAAAAAAUCUAUCUAUGUGCCCAGUCUACUGCUAUGUUUUCAGUGCAGGUGUUAGCAGAGAAAGUUGUAUACCUGUGUUUUGGCGUGAGGAAACUGCUUUCUUGGAGCAAGUGCAGAUCAUGAUAUUUUCAUUUGCUAUAUGUGUCCCUAUGAGUAACUCGUGUUACUUUGCCGGUGUUAAAAGCAGUGUUAAAAGUAAUUUAGAUGAAGAUGAUGCAUCAGUUCAGAUAUUUCAUGGGAAAAUGAAACUGAAAAUCAGAAAUUGUAAAAGAUGCAGGACUAGAUUAUCUGUAGGAUUUAAAGCAGUAUCUACUAUAGUUUUCAUGAAGAUAGAAGAAUGGGGAGAAAAAUAAUGAGAACACAGAAAAUCACAGAAUCAUAGAAUAUACUGAAUUGGAAGGGACCGGUCAGGAUCAGGAAGUCCAACUCCUGACCCUACGCAGGACACUCCAAGACUCACACCAGUUCUCUGAUAUAAAGAUGUCUGGAAGUCCUGCUGGAUGCUCUGUUGCUUUCACAAACCCCAUUUCACCAGUCAUGGUUUCAUGCCAUCAGUAUCCUCUGAAUAGUACUUAAAUUUUCAAGCUAAAUUUUCAAGUAAAUUAUGUAUAAUUUAUUCUCCAUUAAAAAACAGUUGAAAUAGCCAUACUGUACAGGAGCUGACAGUCUAAUCUUUAUUUACUUAAAAUGGAAAACAGCUGCAGUGAACUAUGUUUUCUUUUACUAUGUUUGGAAGUUCUGCAGUGAAAAAGUAAAGAAAGAAAUAAUCUGGGCUUCUUGGCCUUUUUUUUUUUUUUGGCUUUUCCAUGUUGCUUUGCUAUAUUUUUUUCUUUGCAAUCUGGGGGAAGACCUUGUAUGUGCAACUCAUGAGGUUUUGUCCUGAUGUAUGCUUGCAUAGAACACAAUAUAACUUAGUAUUAAGUUAUAACAUGAUGUAACUUAGUAUUUUAAUAUUUUUGGAUUUAUUUUUUUUAAUCUAGAAAUUCUGACCGAACAGAUGUCUCCACACUACGAUCCCUUUCAACUUACUUUCUGCUGUAAUAACUUCAGUUAGGUUCUGACUAAAGCAGAACAAAAAUAAUUGUGAAUCCUUUCAGUAAUAAAGUUUAAAUCAAAGCCAUGGAUCAAAAGUUUUUUGUAAUGGUAGAUGGAAAUCUGAGGUUAACUUUCUGAAUUUUCAUAUGUCUAGUGGCAUUUUCAUUUGUGUAACUGUGUAAUACAGAGAAAUAUUGAAGCCUUAGAAAACUACAGGUACAGCAACAAGCAUCAAGUUCAGAAUGUGUUUGUGCAUCCAAUGGCUGUAUUCACAUUUCUAAUUAUCUCAAAUUUUUUAACAUCACUCUGGGGCAGAGGUAAGAUGUUCAGUUGCAUUAAUAUGUAUGUACUGUGACUGGAUGAUGUAUAUAUAUUUACAGCAGUAGAUAAAUGACUAAAUAAAAUGUAGUACUUUGGA